CUAUAAAAUAAGCAUCUAGUUACAACUAUAAAAUAACUAAAAACCACUCCCAUAUCACACAAACUCACACUCUUUCAGCAAUCAACACUUUGUUUUUGGUGCGCACUAGAAGAAGUGAUCUUUACUAUUCUUGUUAGCCAAAAUUUUUCUGAAGUUUCCAGAUUUCAUACUAUUGACCAAUUACUCAGACAAAUUUAGCUAAUAACAAUGACUAAACAGAAUGUGUCCGGUCCUAAAUCCGGUGUCAACCCUGCCAUGUUUGCGACGGCAGUGACAAAGGCGCCACUGCUGGGAAGUUGCAUCAAUGAUAUUACAAGCAAGAGUACAUUUGUUGAAAUGACUGGUGGUCCAAGAAUUAUUAAAUCAUGGGUUGAUUCAAUGAGAGCUUCUUCUCCUACUCAUGAUUACAUGUCCACAACUCUCUAUGAAGACAGGACUUCUUGGAUGGUGCAUCAUCCAUCGGCAGUUGACAUGUUCGAGGAUAUAACAAGUGCUUCUAAAGGGAAGAAAAUAGUGAUGUUUCUAGACUAUGAUGGCACCCUUUCUCCCAUUGUUGAUGAUCCUGAUCAAGCUUUCAUGUCUGAUGCUAUGAGAGGAACAGUGAAAAAUCUUGCUAGAUAUUUCCCAACUGCUAUAGUCAGCGGAAGAUGCAGAGACAAGGUAUACAAUUUUGUACAAUUGGCAGAAUUGUAUUAUGCAGGAAGUCAUGGGAUGGAUAUUGAAGGACCUUCAAAAGGUUCCAAAUAUUAUAAGAAAGGAGCUCAAACAGUUCUUUUCCAACCGGCAAAUGAAUUUCUUCCAAUGAUUAAUAAGGUUUACAAAGAAUUGUUGGACAAAACAAAGUCUGCUGAAGGUGUUAUAGUGGAGAAUAACAAAUUUUGUGUGUCUGUGCAUUUUCGUUGUGUUGAUGAUAAGAAAUGGGGUGAACUAGCACAGGAAGUUAGGUCAGUGUUGAAAGAAUAUCCAAAGCUUAUAUUAUCCCAAGGAAGAAAAGUAUUAGAGAUCCGUCCGAUUAUUAAAUGGGACAAAGGAAAAGCGAUUGAAUUUUUGCUUCAAUCACUUGGAUAUGCCAAAUGUGAUGAUGUGUUUCCUAUUUAUAUUGGUGAUGAUCGAACAGAUGAAGAUGCAUUCAAGGUACUCAGCAAAAGAGGGCAAGGCCUUGGCAUUCUUGUCUCUAAAGUUCCAAAAGACACACAUGCAUCUUAUUCUUUACAAGAACCAUGUGAGGUUAUGAAAUUUCUACAACGCCUCGUAGAGUGGAAAAGGUUGUCUUUAAGGAGACGCUCUAAGAUCCAAAAACAACUUGAGGAGAUCAAAACAUCUUUAAAGUAUUGAGAAUUGUCCAAUUAGUGCAUAUAUUUCUGUAUAACUUUGUUAUUUAUAAAUAACUAAGAAGGUUGGAGAAAGAAAAGCAAUGCCUGCUCAAAUGGUCUAACGCCUUCAUCAUCAACUGGUAGAUCGAGGGUUUAAGUCAUGUUAAACGACCAGUGAAAACACUACUUAUCCUUUUGAUGAGUAGUUGAGAUAGAAAAAAUGGAAGAUGGAAUUGAAUGAAGUUUCUCAUUAGUUCUAUGGCCUUAUA